GGCAGUCCUGCCAACUCGACUCACUCGGCUCCGAGUCCCAACAACAUGAGCGAGCACCACCGUCAGGAACUGUUGCUCUCACUUCUAACUUCUGGCCGAAUGUUCCGUUGCCCCUUCUGUGACAUUUAUUUCACAGAGUACGCCAUGUUUCGACUCCAUCAGAAAUAUCAUCAGUGUGACAUGAGCCGUCCG